CAACCUGAGGUGGUAUCCAAGAAGUUUUUUCUUUUUGGGGAGAAUUGCCUAAUAUAAUAAUAAUUUUUCCCUCGUCUUCUAAAACGGCAAGAUUCAUCUCUGUUGUGAAAAUCAUAAAACGAAAUUCUCUCUGCCCGCGAAAUAUUCUCAAAGGUUUGACGCAUACACAAUUUUACGAGGGCUAUGGAUGAGAUUACUAGUACCGAGGUAACCAGUAUUAUUAGCAAUAUCGAUACAAGUGAUCGGGAUGCUGAGUCAGAUAAUUAUGUGCAUGAAAUAGUUUCUUCUACUGGUGAGGGGAUGAGGGAGUCAGUCGGUGCUGGUGAAGUUUUGACUAGGCUGGAACUUGAUUUAGCAUAUUCAGCUGAGAAGUUGCUGAAUCUAGACAUCCUUUUGAUGCAUGUGUCUGCUAAAGAAAGUGAUUACGAGGCUUUGACCCCAGAGGACGACAGUGUCUGGGCUGAUUCUGCUGCUGACAAGGGUCUGCAAUUUGUUCUCUUGUCCGGUAUACUGGAUACAGAGGUGAGGGAGAUUCAGAGUUUCAUGGCUUCACUCCAAACUGAGAUAGUGUAUGCUCGCCAAAAAGUAUGUUCUUGCGAUCGUGACAAUGACUCUUUUGAGGAGAUGGAAGAGAAGUUGAAGGACUUAGAGAAGUCAUUCAAGCAGUCAGAAAACAUAGUCACGGAUAUGAGGCUGCAGUCUGCCAAGUUCCAAAGGAUCAUAUUAUCUUUCGGUGAGGAGGAGAACUGGAAUAACAGCACGGAUGCGUAUUUUGCAGAAAAUGGUCAAUUUUCCCCUACAAGUACAAGAUUAAAGAUGCAAACUGCUGAACAACAAAGACAUAUUUUAAGAAUGCUGGAGAAAUCUCUGGCAAGAGAGUUAGAUAUGGAAAAGAAGUUAUCAGAUUCAAGAAAUAGUGAAGAAGAAUUACGUAGAAAGCUACACACAGCAGAACAUGAAUUAUUAUGCAUGGAGGAAGCAGCAGAGGUUAGCUUUGAGAGGUUGUUUGAGGCGGAAAAUGCUGCAGUAGUACUGAUGGGCAUUUCAAAACAAAUUCUGGGACAACUCCAACUCCUUCAGUUCAAUAUGAAUGGUUCAGUUCAACGAGAAGAACAGAUGGGGAAUGAACUUGCAAAUAUAGCGGAGCAGUUGAAAACCCUGGAAAUGAGUAGCUCGGAACUUGAUAAAUCACUUUCAAUACAGACUAACACUUCAAAAAUCAGCUUGAAGGAAGCUGAAGAGAAAUAUAAUCGUGCUGAUUCUGAAGCCCUUGCUUUAAAGGAAAAGGUACACACGCUUGAGGAAAAGGUGAAAGAAUCUGAAAUUCAGCUGGAAAAUGCGAAGGCUUCCAUUGAAGAAAGUGAAGAGCACACCCAUGAACUAUGUGCUGAAAUCACUGAAAUGGAAAACCAAAUUGAUGAUCUGAAGAAAAAUAUCUCAGGUGUGGAGAGUAAAGCCGAGAAUUUAGAAGCCAAGUGUAAAUUGUUAUCAGAGAUUAACUUGGAACUUAACGAAGAGUUGGGUUUAUUCAAAAAUAAUGUUAAUAAUACGGAAAAGGUGAGCUCGCUGGAGAAGCAGCUGAAUGAAUCUGACAUUCAGUUACAGCAUGCUAGGGCAUCUGCUGAAGCAAGUUAUGAGAAGCAGAGCAUGUUAAAUUCUGCAAUCAGAGAUAUGGAAGACGUAAUUGAGGAUCUGAAAUCGAAGGUUGCAAAGGCUGAAAAUAGGGCUCUAAGUGCGGAAGUGAAGUGUACCAUGUUAUCUGAAACUAAUAUGGAACUUAAUGAAGAACUGACCUUUUUGAGGGGUAGAACAGAAUGUCUUGAGACAUCCUUGCAUCAAGGUGAUGAAGCAAAAUCUGCAACAGCAAAAGAUAUAAGUAUCAGGACAAAACUAAUUACUGACCUGGUGUUGCAGUUAGCGUUUGAAAGGGAGCGCCUGAAAAAGCAGAUAACUUCAUUAACAAGAGCAAAUAGGGUCUUGGCUGAGAAAUCUUCAGAAGAAAAGAAUGGUUCAUCUACAGUUGCAAGCCAUGCAAAAAACAAAAUCGCCGAAGAACCCUCUCCAAUGGAAAGGGUUGGUGAUGCAACUAGAUCCUCCAACACAUCCGAGGAAGAAGUACCCCAGUCUUUUGCAAGCCACUAUGAGGUAAAGGAGCCAUCAGUCUCUAACACUGGAGUUGUUGAGCCUGUUGUUUGCGAAGAGGAUGAUGAUGCUAUCGACACUGUUAGGACAAUAGAUGCAACUCAGCUUAGCUUCAAAUACUAUCUCCUGGCAAUUCUAGUCUUCUUUAUAUCAGUAUUAGUUGUUUAUCUCUCUCAACAAGAAAAGGGACAGUUCUGAAAUAUCUGGGAAGAAUUUAUCAUCUGCAUAUCCCAUGGAAUAUACAGAAGUUGCACAGAACACCACGGUAACAUCUCGGUAUUGAUGGGUGUCUGCACUUUUUGGUUACGGCACUGUCAAAAUAAAAUCCUUUUCUUUUUUGUUUACCUUUUUUGCAGAUGUUUCUUUGCUUUUAUGAAUAGAAAAUUCCAGAAUGUAUGAUGUAGGAAUUUUCCAAUUUACAGUAGCUCAUGUUUUUCUGAUGUAGUUUGUAAGAUAAGCAAUUUCUUUUAAAUCCAUGUUUUUCUGUUGUAGUUUGUA